UCUUCACCAGCAGAGACAACAAACACUCAAAACAAUCACCCUUUGUCAACGAGGAAAACUCUCCCAAACUGAAAAAUCUAACCCCAGAAAAAUCAAGCAAUAAAAAAAAAAAAUCCCAAACAAAUCAAACCAAUCAACCCAGUCAGAUCCACCACCACACAUAACAGGUCAAACAUUGAUCAACCCAACCAUUCAACGUCUCAAAGCCAAACAGACCCAAAUCAAAAUUUUUCCUCAAAAUAAUCUAGACCCACCACCAGAUCGUGACUCAGCGACCACCGUCCACAUCGGCACCACCCAACGCAAGCUUGAGCUUGAGAGAGAGGCUUAUGUUCUGGCGCGAAGAAGAGAGUGAACAGGACCAUCGCUUCUUGUAUCAAGGCUCUUUGUUGAGAGGCUAAGAAGAUAGGCUACAUGGCAGAGGCGGCAAUAUCCCCUCUUGUUGACAAGCUGAUUUCCUUGUUGAGUGAAGAAGCAACACUGUUACGAGGCAUCCAUGAAGAAGUAACUGACAUCAAAGAUGAACUGGAGAGCAUGCAAUCUUUCCUCAAGGACGCAGAUGCAAGGGCCUCAGCAGAUGAGGACAUGAGCGAGGGAGUCAAAACUUGGGUGAAACAAGUAAGAGAAGUAGCUUUCCGCAUAGAUGUUUUCAUGGACGAGUACUUGCUUGAGAUGGCUCAACAUCAUCCCCAUCCCCAUCGGCAGCAGGGGUUUAGUGGUUUCCUCCAAAAAUCUGCUCGCUUAAUUACAAUGUUAAUACCUCACCACGUAACAGCCACUAAGGUUCAGAAGAUCAAAGCAUCAGUGCAGAAAAUCAAGGAAAGAAGUGAAAGAUAUGGCUUCCAAUCUACUGGUCAAGGAUCAAGCAGUGGUGCUCAGAAUGCUAGGUGGCAUGACCCUCGAAUGGCCUCUCUUUUUCUUGACAAUGCUGACGUUGUGGGCAUUGAAUCUCCUAGAGAUGAAUUGAUUGGUUGGCUGGUGGCAGGACAAUCUCACCGUACUGUGGUUUCGGUGGUGGGAAUGGGGGGUUUGGGCAAGACCACUCUUGCCAAGAAAGUCUACGAUCACCGGGUGGUGAGAGGACACUUUGAUUGUCAUGCUUGGAUCACAGUGUCUCGGUCAUACAACAUGGUGGAUCUAUUAAGGAUCAUGAUAAAACAAUUUUGUGAGACAAGAGAGGAGCGUCCUCCUGAGGGAAUCGACUCAGCAGACAAGAUGUUAGUAAUUAGCAAAGCAAGAGAAUAUUUACUAGAAAAAAGGUAUGUAGUUGUAUUUGAUGAUGUUUGGGAAAUUGACUUUUGGGGAGAGAUAGAACAUGCUUUGCCUGAUAAUAAAAAAGGUUCUAGGGUAAUGAUCACAACACGUAAGUGGGAUGUUGCUAAUUUUUGCAAAAAAUCUUCAUAUGUUCAUUUUCACACCUUGCAACCACUACCACCUAGUAAGGCAUGGGAGCUCUUUUGCAAAAGAGCAUUCCAAUUUGAAUUUGGAGGACAUUGUCCCCCAUUUUUGGAGAAAUUAUCUCGCGCCAUUCUUGAGAAGUGCAAAGGAUUACCGCUUGCAAUUGUUGCCAUAGGUGGUCUUUUGUCAACAAAAGAAAAAACUGCCUUUGAAUGGAAAAUCUUGCAUGAUAGUCUUGGCUUUGAGUUAGGAAGAAAUCCACAUCUUGCUGGUGUUAACAAGAUUUUAUCCCUAAGUUAUGAGGACCUUCCUUACUUCCUCAAAUCUUGCUUCUUAUACCUUGGUAUGUAUCCAGAGGACUACUCUAUUAAUUGUGUAAGAUUAAUUCGACAAUGGAUAGCUGAAGGUUUUGUGAAGGAAAUUGAAGGUAAAACAUUAGAAGAGGUUGCACGAGAAUACUUGAUAGAAUUAAUCCACAGAAGCUUAGUUCAAGUUUCAGAGGUCAACUUUGACAAAAAAGUUAGACGAUGCCGACUCCAUGAUCUCUUGCAUGAGAUCAUCCUCCAAAAGAUGAAGGACUUGAGUUUUUGUCAUGUUCUAUCAUUACAAGAGUCUAGUUUUGAAGAACAAACUCGACGCAUGUCGAUAGAUAGAGUAUCAUAUAAUGUAAUGAAGGGAUUUGAGGACACUUAUAUUCAUUCCUUUUUAUUGUUCAAUCUUGAUGAAUUGCCGAAGUCCUUUAUGAGUAGAUUUUUUGCUAAUUUCAAGCUUUUGAAAGUAAUGGAUUUCGAAGAUGCUCCAUUGGAUUGCAUUCCUGAUGAUGUGGGGAGUUUAUUUCACUUAAGGUAUUUAAGUUUGAGAAAUACCAAAGUAAAAAUGCUUCCAAAGUCCAUAGAAAAGUUACAAAAUUUGGAGACAUUAGAUCUAAAGCGGUCACUAGUGUCUGAAAUGCCAAUAGAGAUUAAUAAGCUUUACAAGUUGCGACAUCUUAUUGCCUACAAUCGUGACCUCAAAAUAGAUUUUUGUAUAGCUCGAGAAAAAGGGAUAAGGAUACAAAAGGGGAUUGGCUAUUUAAAAGAUUUGCAAAAGUUGUAUCAUGUGGAGUUGAAUGAUGGAGGUGUUGAUCUAAUUAAAGAGCUGGGAAAGUUGAAACAAUUGAGGAAGCUAGGUGUAAAAAACUUGUCAAAGGAAACCGUGGGAGCUUUGGGUGCCUCAAUUGAAAAGAUGAAUCACCUUGAAUCUCUAGAUGUAGCAUCCAUAAACGAAGAUGAUAUAAUUGAUUUACAAUCUAUUUCAUCUCCACCUCAAUCUCUUCAACGCCUCAACAUAAUGGGGUGUUUAGAGAAGUUACCUUACUGGAUCCCAAAACUUAAGUAUCUAGGCAGAUUAAACAUAUCUUGGUCAAGGUUGAAUGAUGACCCACUAGAAGCCCUUCAAAAUCUAUCUAACUUAUUCGACCUUAGCAUUUCAUACCAGGCAUACAUUGGAGAGCAAUUGCAUUUUAAGAUAGGGUGGUUUCCAAAACUCAAUAUUCUUCAGUUAAGGCACUUGCAUGAAUUGAAGACGUUGAUUAUAGAUGAAGGAGCAAUACCCCUUCUUGAAUAUCUUUCUAUUGGGCCUAGUCUGCAACUGAAGGAGGUGCCCUCUGGAAUCCAGCAUUUAAGAAACCUCAAAUGCCUAAAUUUUUGGGACAUGUCAGAAGAAUUCGAAGAAAGUUUGGAUUGUGAGCAAGGAACACGUUACUGGAUUGUUGAGCAUGUACCAAUGGUUUGUCUGUGUCACAAGUUUGGCCCAGGUUUUUAUGACAGUUUCAUCACCAAUCUCCGUUACAAGCAUUUUGAUGAGGUCAAGACGGCAAAGAAUUAAUGCUUUUGUUAAGAAAGAUAAACAAUUAAGUUCUACUCAGUGAUGCUAAUUCAAAUAUACUUGGAUCGUGAGUGAAUAUAAUUGUUGUUGCUGGGACACGCUGGGCUUUUUCCUUUUCCAGACAAUCAAGUAGGAAAUUGCGUGGUUUUACCUUUACAUGUUUGUGGUGGUCUCCCUUAGUGUGCUGCUCAUUGUUUCAGCCCAAAUAAGUGUUUUUAUUUUUAUUUUUUAUUUAUUUAUUUAUUUUGUGUUGUUCUGCCGCAAUCAUUGGUUCGUUGGUGUUACUUUUUUCCUCAUUAAAAUUGCAAUCACCCUGUAAUUUUUUAUUUUGUGAAAGGAUAUGAACAUCAUUGAA